AACUCAAUAAGUACAUAAACACCUAAACACACACUCAAAAAAGCAAGAUCUACUCAAAAUAAUUAUAUAUAUAUAAAAAAAAUAUUAUAAAUACAUCAUACAAUGGAAAACGUAAAAAGACCAUUAGCAAUGGGAAGUUGCAAGAAACAUCCGAAACACCAACAAUCUUCGGGCGUUUGUUCGUUGUGCUUAAGAGAAAGAUUAUCAAACAUAUCGAGUUCUUCAUCGUCUCAAGCAGAUUCAAAGGUUUCCUCGUCGUCUUCUUCAUCGUCCAUCUCUUAUGUAUCUUCGGUUUCCUCGUCUCUUUGCUCAUCCAACGUUGCCUCUUACUUAGCAUCUCCCAUGCAUGAUGAUUGUCUAAAUUCACGUAGACCUUGUGAUGUUGAAGGAAAAGGAUACUUUUCUUUCUUGAGAAAGAGUAGGUCAAUGGCUAUUAUAAGUGAAAAGAUUGUAGAAAAUGAUGGAAAAAAGAAGAAAGGAGAUGGAUUUUGGUCAAAGUUGAUAGGGUUCAAGAGAAGUAGUUUGUCUAAGGGAUCAAUUGGAAAGGGUUCUUCAAGACUCAUGCAUUCAAGAACUAUGAAAGAAAUGUUGACUACAAGAGUUUGACUUCUUUAUUUUUUUCAUUUAAAAUAUUAUUUGCGUAGGUUAUAGAUAUAGAUGGUUCAAAAGUAUUAUAGAAACAAACGAUUAUUUUAGGGCCCAAAAAAUAUAAGGUAUCAAUAUUUUGUAUACUAAACUUAAUAUUUUAACUUUAGAUUAAGUACCAUUAUAUAA